AUGGGGAUGGACUCCGGGCCGCGGGGACUGCCGGGAGUCCGUUCCCUGGGCAACGGGACGGGCACCGCCGAGGAACAGCCGGCUCCGCCGCCGGCUAGAGCGGCAGAGCCCGAUCUAGGGGCGGUGGGCGUGUCGGAAGUGACGCAGAGGACUUCCGGUCCCAUAGGCGGGGCUUCGGAUCUCUUUUCCGGGAUCCCUGCGGAAGGCAUGGAAGCAAAGACUCUUGGAACUGUAACGCCAAGAAAACCUGUCUUAUCCGUCAGUGCAAGAAAAAUUAAGGACAAUGCGGCCGACUGGCAUAAUUUAAUCCUGAAGUGGGAAACCCUCAACGAUGGGGGUUUUGCUACCGCAAACAGUAUCGCCAACAUGAAAAUCAGCUUGUCGAGCAAAGACAAGAUAGAAUUAGCGAGCAGCGGCCUGGCUUCUGACGACUGUGCCGAAAAGGAGCACCCGGAAUACAGCAGGGAGCUCGAGACGCUGUGCGAGGAGCUGCAGGCCACCCUGGAAGGUUUGAGAGAAUGGUUUCCCAGGCUUGACUUGGCCUUGAAUCUGGCCUUGGUGGAGGGUGGAGGUGUCCAUGUCCCUCAGCUGGACGAACAUUUCACGACGAAAAUACAGAUGAAGAUGGAAAAGCUGUCUUCAACCACCAAGGGCGUUUGUGAACUAGAGGAUUACCAUCAUGGGGAGGAGAGGAAGUGCCCCCCACUCUUCCACACGUGGCCCACGGCUCAUUUUUACGAGGUCUCCCGCAAGCUCUCGGACAUGUACGGCCAGGAGCUCCGCCUGAAGCGCACAGUGGUGGAACAGCUGGCACACACGGCCGACCGCGACCUCGCCCUCAGCUACCUGUCCAUGUGGCUGCACCAGCCCUACCUGGAGGCCGGGAGCAGGCUGCUUCUGGAGAGCAUGCUGCUGGAAACCGGGCACCGCGCGCUGUGACCUCCCCCCACGCCUCCGGGCUCCAGACCCCCCCAGCGGACAGACUUCCAGGUGGGCGCUGGGCGGUACCCUGGGAUCACGCCCCCCGGCUGCACCCUGUGAUCAGGCCCUGUGCUCGAUCCCUUCACCAGCUCUCUGUGGCCUCUCCAGACAUUGUCUACCACUCAGCCUUGUCUGCACCUGUUGUGAAUGUGGCAUCUAUGAAGACUUCUGCAUGAAAUAAAUGAGUUCCUCAACUAAA